GCCGGCACCGCCCAUCUGCGUCCCGGAAGGAGCAAGCUUGCGGCGCGUGAACCAGUGAGUGAAAGCGGCGCCGCCCGCCGGCCGCAGGUGCGGCAAAGCCAGUGUCGUCUGCCGGUUCUCUUAGGGCUCCCGGAAAGAAGGAGGGCGAGCCGCGUGCAUUCGCGCCGCGCCUCCUUGCGUUUCUGUUCCCCAAAUAGGGCCUCUCCUUCUCCCGCCGCCCAGGCCCCUGCGUGGGCUGGACGCGUCAGCCCCACACAUUAACCUCGCUGUGGCGCCCAGACUCUGCUUUGCCUCCCCGUCCCGGUCCCUGGCCCCUGCCCUGUCGCCCGCCGCCGGAGCGGUGACCGCCCGGCCCGCCGUUCUUCUGCUGCCACCGCUGCCGGCACCAUGGGCAGUGAGCAGAGCUCCGAGGCCGAGAGCCGACCCAACGAUCUGAACUCCUCAGUGACUCCUUCACCAGCCAAGCAUAGAGCCAAGAUGGAUGAUAUUGUGGUUGUAGCUCAGGGCUCCCAGGCCUCACGGAACGUCAGCAACGAUCCCGAUGUCAUCAAGUUGCAAGAGAUUCCAACCUUCCAGCCCCUUUUGAAAGGGCUAUUGAGUGGCCAGACUUCCCCAACAAAUGCCAAAUUGGAGAAACUGGACUCUCAGCAGGUGUUGCAGCUCUGCCUCCGAUAUCAAGAUCACCUGCAUCAGUGUGCAGAGGCCGUUGCUUUUGACCAGAAUGCUUUGGUUAAACGAAUCAAAGAGAUGGAUCUGUCUGUAGAAACUCUGUUCAGCUUCAUGCAGGAGCGCCAGAAAAGAUACGCCAAGUAUGCCGAGCAGAUCCAGAAAGUGAACGAGAUGUCCGCCAUCCUCCGCCGCAUACAGAUGGGCAUCGACCAGACCGUGCCCCUGCUGGACAGGCUCAACAGCAUGCUGCCCGAGGGCGAGCGGCUGGAGCCCUUCAGCAUGAAGCCCGACCGCGAGCUCAGGCUGUAGCUGCCGCCCGGCCUGCCUGGGGCUGGGAGCCCCAGACACCGACACCCUGAGGACGUGUGGAGCCAAGGUCAUAUCAUCUGACCAGGUCUGGAGGCUGGCGGGAGGCUCCCUGAAAGUGGGUGCAAAGGAGUCCGGCUGGCGUGAAAAUCUGACUUUGCCCAGCUCUUUUCCUUGAUGCGGUUUCCCGGUGUGGAAGGAACCUAACCAGUUCUUGGUGAUAACUGAAGCUGGAACAUGUGAAUUAUUAGGAAUUCUUUGAAGAACUCUGCAUUGAGAAUUAUUUUUAUUUAGUUUUUUUUUUUUAAUUGAGAGUAUAUAGUCCAGUCCAGGUACCGGAAUAAAAAUAUGGAGACAAGGGGAAAA